AUGGAAGAUCUGAGGGAUACUGGUGGUCAAGACCUACUCCAGGUGAUUCGAUCAGGAGGUGCCCAUGGCGACGCUGCUUUCAGGGUGUAUGUGGAGCGCCUGUUCCCUGAGGUGUCCAAGGGGACAUUGGAGCAGUGUAUUGUUUCUCUUCAGGAUUCGGCUGAAGAAACUCCCACCUGGAAUAGGAAGGCGUUUGAGUCGGUGUCUCACUUGUGGGAUCUUACUCACCUAGGGGUAGAUGCCUCUGAGGAGAAGGCACAGCGGAAUGUGGAUGAUGUGCUACUCCUGAGGUUUCUCCUGUUGAUCGCCUUUGCUGUUGAAGACCUGCAGCCACUUGGUAACAACUUGAGGGAUGGACCUGUGUCGGUAUCCCUUUGGACAACUCCAGAAUGGAAGACGUUGGAGGAUAAGUUUGGAUUGCGCCAGUUCAGGUUCUUUCAGGGCCCGAUAGGACGGGACGAGCAUACCUCUAAGGCAAGAUAUCUGGUUGUUGGUGUUUUGUCAGUUCCUAUCCUGGCUAUGGAUGGAAAGGAGGUGGAUGUUCCGAAUGAUGCCGAUCCGGAACCAGUCUCUGUAGAAGCAGGAGGGGCAAUUGAAGAUGCUGAAUGGUUCGCUGAUGGUGGUGUGGUGGAAGCAGGUGCUGAAGAGGAGUUUUCGGCGCGAGAUGCUGCUGAAGCUAGAGCUGCUUGGAAUGAGUGGGACCGUCUGGUCAAGUCGAGUCGGGAAGACUGGAUUCGUGAAGCCAACUCUCAGAAGCUUCCCAAGGUGGAGAUUGUAGAUUUUGUCUAUGUGGAGGCUAUUGAGAGGAAGACGCAUGGAGAGGUCUUGACGGCAAUUGGUCGCAUGCAUGCUAGGGCCAAAGCGGAAGGCUUUGAUGUGAGACGGUUGCACUCGGACCGUGGCCGCGAAUAUAACAACAAGCCUCUCCGAAACUGGUGUGCUAGGCAUGCUGUGCAUAGGACGCUUGCUGUAGCUGAAGAACAUCAGGGCAACGGCAGAGCUGAAGGGGCAAUCAUGCGUGUAAAAAGCAAAGCCAGAGUCAUUCUCGAAGAGUCUGGGUCUGAAAAGACGGAUUGGCCAUUGGCGGCUAAAUUGGCGGCACAUGAGUUGAAGAACGUUGCAAGGAAGCGGCUGAAGAUUGAGAUUCAACAGUCGCUGCCGUUCAACACCAAGGUGCAGGUCAUUAGUCGUAGCUGGAAGCGGGAGACUUGGGAGUCUCGCACCACAACUGCUCUGGUGAAAUGUCCAUCCGCUGACAUGUCUCGAGGAUGGGUUGUUGCAACAGACGACGGCAAGCUGCUGACGACGGGAAAGCUGUUCCCAUCAGUGGACCAGGGAAAAGUGUCCUUUAGUAGUACUGGCCCUGCAGUGGAUUUGGAUGCUCCUGAUUACAGAGUUGCAGGAAAGAAGACGGUGAGACAGCUGCAAACUCCGAUUUUAGGAGAGCCGGUGCAUGGUGUUGACAAGUUGGCGAAGAAGUUAUAUGAGGACAAGCUGUUCCGGCCCAGAGAUCUGGCAGCCUUGGCAGUGCAAGUUUCGCAGCUGGCACAAGAUAGCAGUCGCAUGGUGAGAACUUCUGAGACAAGCCGAGAUGAACCGUUUCGCACUUGCAACUUUCUCACAGGCCUGUGGAUUCAAGACUCGGAGAGCUCUGAGCGGACAAGGAGUGUGAUGGGUCCUGAGAGCACCAAGGCCAUUCAGUUUAAUCCAAGCUUGUGGCACGAAUCGGUGAACCGUGAUGUGCUUUGGCAGACUGGCUUCACCCUGUUGCCAGCCAGUAAGGAGUGGUUGCCGGUUGAACGGAACAAGUUUGGGGAGGAUGCUCUCAAGGCGAGACUGGCGGAGACCUCUGCAGGUUGGAAUCAGGUGCCGCGUGUGAGUCCCCAGCAAGAGCUCAGUUCAGAUUGCAAUCAGGUGUCCACAGCUGUGAGUCGAAAAACCACAGUUAGCGACGAGUUUCCUAGCUACUGUCCUCGAGCGGUGGCCCUGAAGUGCUUGAGUCUAGAGCUUGAAAGGCUCCAGAAGCUUUUGGAUGCUGAGGAUCAGAGCCAGCCUGAAAGCAAUGGCCUUGAUGAGGAUUCCACUCAAGAAAGCAGCAUUGAGGAUUGGGGAACAGUCCUCAAGGAUUUGGAAAGCAUAGAGUUGUGUGGUGUUGGGUGGUCCAUGAAGGCUGAUGUCUCAAGCACUUUGAAUGAAGUGGCGAUACAGCAUCAGAAGGUUUGUGCCCUCCUUCAAGCUGCCGAAGAGGAGUGUGGGGAACAGGCUAAUGCAACUGUUGACAGUCUCUACUGGAGUACUCUAGAUGCACUGGAGCAUCAGGGGUGCGAGCUACAGAAGUAUGAGAGUCAGCUGUUGAGUUCCGCAGAGCCAGUUGUCUUGAGGAGCUUAUCGGUUGUUGACUCAGGAGAGCCUGGGCUUGACAAGGACUCCAGUGGCAUAGAAAGUCUGGGUCAUGGAGGAGUGGACUCCUCCGAUCCUCCACCUCUUCAAACCAAAAUUAUUGCAGCUGAUCAAGUGCGCAGAGAGCCAGAAAAGUGGGUUCCUUCGAUGACAGAAGAGUACCAGUCUCUAGUGUCGCGGACUGGUGCUGUAGAAGAGCUUUCGGACAGUCAAUACAGGCAGCUGUUGGAAGACCCAGGGGUCACGCUGGAAAUUAUUCCGGGUAAGCUAGUAUACGUCCACAAGUCGUCAGGACGGCGAAAAUCCAGGAUCGUUGGUUGCGGCAAUUUUUGCCAAGGCGGAAGUAGCGAACGCAACGAGCUCUAUGCGAGCGGAGCAGGGGCCGAAUCCUUGCGGCUGAUGAUUCGUAGAUGUGCCCUUCAGCAGAAGUGGGCGCUCGCAUCUGUAGAUGUGCGAACGGCUUUCCUACAAGCACCGUUGCUUGAGCAGCAAAGAGAUGGCCGGCGUUUGGUUACCGUGGUGAGAGUUCCUUCGAUACUGCGAGAGACAGGCGUGACUGCUUGUAAGUUUUGGAAAGUUCGCAAAGCCCUUUACGGCCUAGCUUCUGCUCCAAAGUCCUGGUCCAACUAUAGAGACAAGGUCAUUGCCGAGCUUGAGAUUCCUUGCGAAGGCAGUGUGCUUCGGUUAUCUAAAAUGCUGGAAGACGCGAACCUGCUUCACAUCAUCAGGCUCUCUGGCGAUGGAAAGAGCGUUAACUUGGGUGAAGGAGAACGAGUUGGUCUUGUUGCUCUAUAUGUUGACGAUAUCCUGAUUGGAGCAGAGCGGUCAGUUUGUGAAGCGGUGAUUAAGGCGCUGCAGGAACAGUGGGAGCUGUCUCCUCCUGAGUGGAUUGCUGAAACGGGAGAUCAAAUGAAGUUUGCGGGCUAUGAGCUUCAGAAAACUUCGGAAGGCAUCCGCCUGCACCAAGAGAGUUAUGUCCAAGACUUGCUUGAGCAGAACGAGGAGACUGUUACUGGGAUUGAACGAACUCCAGCUGUUAAGAUGAGCAGUUUUGAUGACCCGGUGGAUGAAGCUGAAAGGCGUGAGCUCACAAAGAGGUCACAGUGUUUGAUUGGUCAGCUUUUGUGGGUGGCUGGACGAACAAGACCUGACCUGUCUUAUGGGGUUAGCAUGGCGGCCCAGAAGAUUGUCUCCAGUCCACGGGAGGCGUUGGCACGGGCAGAGCACCUGGUAAGGUAUUUGAGAGGUUCACCGGGCGUCAGUCUUCACUACAAGGCGGCGGAUGGAAGCUGUGGAAAGUGGAACCAGCUACGACAUCAGCAGACAGGUCAUACGUUAGAUGUUUAUACGGAUGCAUCGUUUGCAGCAGAUGAGCAGUGUAGGAGCUUUGGCUCGGUGCAGCUGUACUGGGGAGGAGCGUUGGUAUCCUGGAGUGCAGCUCGUCAAACUCUCAUGGCUGCGCAUACUGCAGAAUGUGAGUUGUAUUCUCUGUCAGAGGGACAUUUGAUGGGGAAGGCAUUUCUGCCAACGGUCGCUGCUCUCAUGAACACGGAGGCUCAGAUGGUGAAUGAGGCCGCGGGGGUCUUAAUUCCUCUGAACAAUGGGACACUGGUUCCUCUCGAGGAAGCUACCUAUGAUGACAUUCGGGAUGCGUACUACGCUGAUCUUCGUAAUGCGUUUGUGCAAGCAGGGGAAACCGAGGAUAUGCCUGAGGUUCUACGUGAGAAUGUUGAGCUUCGGAGGCUUCGUGAGGGCCUGGGUUCUCCUCGUGCACCUACUGUUGCGCGCCCGCCAGGGUAUCCAGAAGUUGAGGAUGACAG